CCUAAGCAAGUCGGCAUAGAAACUAAGUCGGUGGGGUGACAAACGCUGUGGUGGGGAAUUUGGGAAUGGCUUCGCACGGACGAGGCCGCUCCGCUGGUGGCUCCGCCCUGCAUGGAGAGGAGCGUCGAGGGACAACGUCGUCGCCGGCAAGGGAAACGAGUCGGGGAGGUGGAGGUGGGGAGGAAGAACGACGUGCUCAAAACUUGUGGUGCGACUACAGGAAACGUGUCUGGUAUUUGGACUGGGCGAGCCAGGACGGCUCCGACCCGUUGCAACCACCGUGCGGGCCGCUCUUGUUCGUCGUCGUUCGCGCCGACAGAACGCGUCUCGCAGCGUCCAUCGUCCCGUGGGUUGACGAUGGCAAAUACAAUUUCAAGUUUACGUUGAAGAAGCAUUACAAAAGUAAUGGUUCCGUCGACGGCAUCAUAAAGGGAUGCAAGGUUGCCGGGAGGAUGUUCGGCGGGUACGGUCGUCGUGCGAUGGCUUUGCCUCACUUUGUCCCGCUGGCGCCGGGGCACGACAAGGCCGUUCACGUCACAGGCUUCCUCGAGGUCUGGGCGAGAUCUGGUACCUCUGUUAGUGCCGUGGAUGUCGGACCUGGAAGAUUGAUCAGUGGUCCUGUUGGGUUCACGGGAGGAGAGUGCUCUGAAAGGGGGAUGGGAGGUCAGGGUGGCCUGCCAGCUACGCCUCCUGAUCAAGAGGUGGGCAUGUCAGACGACUCGGAGGACGACCAUCCGCGUGCUCCUUUGAAACUGGGCUUGCAUGUAUCUCACCGCCAAGGUUUGCUUGGGGAGUCGACGCCACAUGGAGGCGGCGAUGGCGAACGGUUGCGACAAGGAUCAGAAUCGACGACUCCUUGUGGUCUGGUCGAAAGGAUCGGUUCGUUCGUUCGUGGCAUGCAGGUGGCCGAGGUUUCGCCUGGAGAUCGCGCGGGUGGUCUGCAGGUUCGAGAGGUGCGUGGGUCAGAUGAGACGACUCGCCGGGCCCGACCUUUGCCGGCGCAACUGCAGACGGAGUUGAGCCAGGAACGAGAAGCAAAUGGGAAYGUCGCCGGUGMGGAGGAGGUGUCCGAGCAGGGGCUGUUCCGUGAGAGAUCGGCUGAAAAGACUCUGUCGGGAGGCAAACGCAGCUUGCCGGAUAAGGAAGAGCGAGAGGGACUAGGUGCUCUGAAAAGGCAGAGAAAGUUAGGAGGGAGUGCUCGGACGCCAACAACACGAGAGGGCGGUUCCGUUGAGAAGAGGAAAAGGGUKGGAGGUGGGRAUGAAACGCCAAAAGACUCGUCAACACGGCGAAGAGCCGCUAUUCCAGACUGGGAAGACGCGUACAACCACCGAUCCUUGGACGAGUUCCUCGUUGAUACCAUCGCGUCGGCUAUGAUCGACUGCUACGAACGUAAAGACAUGAGAUACACGAAGCCCAUUUUCGUUCUUGCUCCGAUCGUCGCGCCUCCAGAGAACGGCGAGCCUGCUGCGCGCGUGCUGCCUGCUGACUUCGACAACUCACGCCCGGAGAAAUACAGGUAUUAUACUGUGUGUGGACAGCAUAACGCGAGGGCGGCGAUGAUGGUGAAAGACCAUCCCGUGUUUGAUUACUACAACUUCUGUAAAUGGCCGUUCAAACCGAUCUACUUCCCUGACGACGAGUUCGACGGCUACGCCCAUGCCAGCUGCGAAGACAACAUGAAAGACAAGAAGAAUCCACCGCGCUUGCAGGUUUUGUCUAUGCGGGACAUUCGCAAUAUCUGGAAAAUUAAGGGCAAACCGCGUGUGGUGCUCGGCAAUGCAUCGAAGAAACAGGACGAGGUGCGAAAGUGGGUGCGGUUCAUGGCGUUGGCAAUGAAGAAGACACCGUACACGCCUAUCUGGAACCUGUCAACGAAAGCAAAGAAAAUAAAGGAAUGGGCUGAGAAACUUCGAUACUACCUCCCGCUGGCCAUGGCAGAUGACUCCGUCUUCGCUUUGGGGUUGAAGUUCUAUGAGGAGUGGUCGAAAGGGAAACUCCUUGCUUCCGAUGACCGGUGUUGGACUGAAAAGCCGCCCACCCAUGAGGAGGUGGCCAAGCCAGGACUCUCCAUUGUGACUGACAGCCAGGGGCUGAAGAAACACGUCUGGUACUUGAAGGUGGACGACCCGUCAUUGAAAAAGGGCAGGGGGAAGCCAAAGAAAGGCGCGGAGGAGAAAACUUUCUACGUCCAAGUUCCUGAGCCGGAUGUCCACUGCUGGAAGGAAUUGGUGGACYUGACGGACCGCGAGAAGAAAAGGUUGUUGAACGGCGUCUUGAACCUUAACGUCGUGUGGGUUCAAAUGAGUAGCAAGAAGUUGGCCGAGCAGGGGAAGUUCAGUGUCAAGGAGAUGGUCAACAUAAUAAAAAUGGACCGGAUUAUGCUGGGGCUGUGGCACUACGUGGAGUUCGAGUACGAGGAAAUGGAUAAGCAGGAGUGGAAUGCCAACUCCACGUUCUUCAGGUCCAAGAAUCAACUGUUCGAAGAGUUCAAGGACAGAGGUCUCGACGACAAGCUUUGGAACGAGAGCAGGAAAUUUUUCACGGACACCACGUACGUCAACAAGUGCCCUUGAUUUCUCGGGUGUCAACACGACAACAACAUCAAGAGAAUGGCGGCCCUCGUCAACGACCAGCAUUUCUCGGCGGAGUGGAAGCGUGUC